AUAUACAAAUAAAUACGGCUAAAAUAAAUGCAAGCAGCAAUAGUAAAACGCUAACUAUUUAAUUUUUGUCUUGAAAAAUUUGAUUAAAAUUUUAAUUUCCCAAAAAUUAAUUCAAAAAUUUUAGUGAAAAAUGAGUGUCUUAUCAAAUUUAUUGAAUUUAAGCAAAAAUCGUAUUUGGCAUGCUUUGAGAGUAGCUCAAAAAAAUCUUAUUCAAAUUCCAUUUUCAAAGAAUCAAAUUGUAAAAUGUAACAAACACUUCUCACGGUCUUCAACGGAAGUAUAUAAUUCCUUGCGCGACCAAUUCUUCUGUUUUGAAAAAUCAAGAGCACUUGGUGCCAAUCUUGAGCUCACUGAACGUGAACUUGAAGCGAAUGAAAUUAUAAUGGCAGCCAAAAUGCAAGAAUUGGAAAAAGGAGUAAUUACGCCACAUAUGUUCAGUCCAUCUCAGCAUUUUUUUAGUGUUCUAGACCAAAUUCAUGAGUCACCUUUAUUUGAAUUUAUGUCAAUAAUGCCGAAAGGUGGAGUAUUACACGCACAUGAUAUUGCAUUGUGCAGUACAGAUUAUUUGCUCGAACUGACAUAUCGUGAAAAUUUGUGGGCUUGUAUGGCUGGUGAUGGUUGUGAAGCAGUUGCAUUGAAAUUUUCUAAACAAAAACCUAAGGAUAAAGUGGCUAAAGAUUGCAACUGGGAAUUGUUGUCAAAUGUACGCAAAAAGCAUGGGGCAGAAGCAAUGGAUGAAUAUCUGAGUGAUCGUUUCACAUUAUAUCCAACUGAAAAAUAUACAGAUAUUAACGAGGUGUGGAUGGCAUUUAUGAAUAUAUUUGGUUUACUGGAUGGUUUGAUGAUGUAUGCACCCGUUUGGGGAGAUUAUUACUAUAAUGCAUUGAAAGAGUUCAAUGAAGAUGGUGUGCAAUAUUUGGAAUUUAGAACAACAUUACCUCAACUUUAUGAUAUGGAUGGUAAAAAAUACACUGAAUUAGAUACUGUAAAAAUUUACAAGGAUACUUUAGAUAAA